CCACAAAACCCAACAUGUUGACCAACCUUUCAUCAGCUUUUGUUCAUAUCUUAAAGGUAAGACAGAAGAACCAAAUCCAGACUUGUCUCCUUUUCCUGCUCAAGCCUCAGGGAGUGGCCAAGUUCACACAUUACUACUGAAUACUCUUCAAAUCAAUGCAAAUUGCAAUGUUUUCAAAUUUGAUUGGUAUCUUUUUGCUAGUUUCACUUUAUAUCAUCACCAAAACACUCAAAGAAAGGCUGAUUCCGAAUCCUCAUCUUCCACCAGGUAGCCUAGGAUGGCCUCUCAUAGGUGAAACUUUAAACUACCUGGGAGCCUGUCUCGCAGGACGACCUGAUUGGUUUCUAAGAGAUAGGAUGGAGAAACUUGAUCCCCAGAUUUUCAAGACUUCACUGUUUGGAGAAACAGUGGCUGUGUUUUGUGGACCAGCCGGGAACAAGUUCUUGUUCAGCAACGAGAACAAGCUAGUUAACCUUUGGUGGCCAAGAUCGGUGAAGAAACUCUUAAAGUCAAGUCUGGUUAACGUAGCUGGUGAUGAAGCAAAGAGGAUAAGGAGUAUACUCUUGACCUUCCUUAAUCCAGAUGCACUCAAGAAGUAUAUAGAGAGGAUGGAUUUGGUCACACAACACCAUAUCAGCACACUCUGGGAAGGAAAAGAGGAGGUGAAAGUCCAUCCAACUGUAAAUUUAUACACAUUCGAGCUGUCUUGUCGCCUAUUUAUAAGCAUCGAUGACCCAUUGCACAUUUCAAAGCUUGCACAUCAAUUUGAUGUUUUCCUCAAAGGAGUCAUUCAUUUCCCAAUCAAUAUUCCCGGAACAAGAUUUUACCGUGCUUCAAAAGCUGCUGUUGCAAUCAAGGAAGAGCUUCGGUUGAUUUCUAGACGAAGAAGGGCAGCAUUGGACAAGAAGAUGGCAUCACCCACACAAGACCUUCUGUCACAUUUGCUUGUGACUUCAGAUGCAAGUGGAAAAUUCCUGUCGGAGACAGAGAUUGUUGACAACAUACUGUUGUUGCUCUUUGCUAGUCAUGACACUACAACAUCAGUCAUAACAUGUGUCAUGAAGUACCUUGCAGAAUUGCCUGAAGUGUACCAAAAAGUUAUGAGAGAGCAGAUUGAUAUUGCAAAGUCUAAAGAACCAGGAGAGUUGCUGAAAUGGGAGGAUAUACAGAAAAUGCGAUACUCAUGGAACGUUGUCUCCGAAAUUCUGAGGCUGAUGCCACCUGUACGUGGUGCUUUCAGAGAGGCUAUAGUUGAUUUCACCUAUGCAGGCUAUACAAUCCCAAAAGGAUGGAAGGUAUAUUGGAGUCCUAUGACAACGAGUAAGGAUCCGACUCUAUUCCCAAAUGCAGAACAGUUUGAUGCUUCCAGGUAUGAUGGAGCUGGACCCGCCCCAUAUUCAUAUGUUCCAUUCGGAGGGGGACCAAGGAUUUGCCUUGGGAACGAAUAUGCUAGACCACAAAUACUUGUGUUCCUGCAUAACAUUGUCAAGAGAUUCAAAUGGGAUUUAAUGAUUCCUGAUGAGAAAAUUCCGUAUGAUCCCAUGCCUGCACCAUCCCAAGGUCUUCCGAUACGUCUGCGGCCCUCAGCAUAACAUGUUCAGUUUCCAGCAUCAGAUUUCUCAUAUUCAAUAAAUCCAGAACUUAAUUUCUUAAAUAAUAAUUAAAGUCUUCAAAUCCUGCUUCUUAUGCAUCUUCAAGGAAAAUAUGAUCAUCCAACAUGGAAUUUGG